AUGCCGGACGCCGAGGCCAUCCGCCGGCGUUUUGACAAAAUAAACUACGAGGAGCCCAAGACGGCCGAAGACCACCCUUAUGUAGCGGCGUGCCUCCUCUUCGUUUUUGUCUUCUUCUUCGUCUCGGUGCUGAGCACGUUCCUGAACUCGUCGGCGCAGUACCAGAAAGAGCUCGCCGCGGCGGAGGCCAGGAAGAAGGCGAAGAAGGACGAGUGAGCCCACUGAUGCGUCUUCCGCUGAUGCUGAUGGCGUUGGCCGCGUCGGCGCUGCGGCCUUACCCGAACCCCAGGCCGCGCGCAUCGUCGCGGCGCGCCGCGACGUCAUCGCUGGGCUACGACCUCUCGCGCGCCGUCGAGGAUGACCUCGGCGCGCUGCCGCCGCUCUCGCGCGACGUUCUUGCCGGCGGCACGGAGCCGGCGAACCAGGGCGAGACCGCGUGCGGCCUCUACUUCGAGCAGCUGCGGCCAAUUUUCCGCGAGAAACGACCGGCGAUCUUCGCGACGGCGCUGGGAGGCCUGCCCGUGUUUUCAUCUGAGGACGCAUUGGACCUGACCUCGGGCUGGCCCGCGUUCCGGCGACCGAUCGCGCCGGACCACGUCGUAUUAAAACCGGACGGCGACACAGCCUUCGAGUGCCUCUGCGCUCGGUCCGGAGCCCACCUCGGCCACCGCGUGUCGGAAGACUACUACUGCAUCAACGCCGCGGCGCUGGUCGUGCUGCAGCCCGGCGAUGCGUUGCCAAUCGGCGCGGUGCCGGGCGCGCGCGUGGAGGAGUUGCCGCCGGUGCUGGCGGCGGUGCUGGGGGGUAGCGACGACCCGGCGGACUGCGGCGUCAAGGGCCACGCCGUGAUCGUCCACAAGGGCGGCAACCCGACCAGCGACGACCCGUCGGAGGCGCCCGGGGUGCGCGUCGGCUGCUGCGUCCUCGCGUGA